GAGAGCGAGAAGGAGGGAGGGAGAGAACGAGCUGGGGGGCGAUAGUGUCUGUCUGACACACACAGUGAAACAGCGAGAGGAGCGGGAAAGACAACAGCGAUAAAAUACAUCCUGACAUUCAGGGUUUGCGGGGACGAAAGGCGGAGAUUCAGCGGAAGGAAAAGUUCAGACUCCACUAAUCAGUGCGUGGGAGUGGGAGCAGGAUCGUGACUGACUGAGACAAGCCCCACUGUCUGUCUGUCUCGUCAUGGCAGGAUCUGGAGGUGACAUGCAGUGGUGCUUCUCUCAGGUGAAAGGAGCUAUCGAUGAUGACGUAGCAGAAGCGGACAUCAUAUCCACAGUGGAGUUUAACCACACAGGGGAGCUGCUGGCGACGGGGGACAAGGGGGGGCGCGUCGUCAUUUUCCAGCAGGAAAUAGAGAAUAAGAAUCAACCUCAGUUCCGGAGCGAAUACAAUGUUUACAGCACUUUCCAGAGCCAUGAGCCAGAGUUUGACUACUUGAAGAGUUUGGAAAUAGAAGAGAAGAUCAACAAGAUCCGUUGGCUUCCUCAAAAAAAUGCUGCUCAGUUCCUGUUGUCAACUAACGAUAAGACAAUCAAGUUGUGGAAAAUCAGCGAACGAGACAAGAGACCAGAGGGUUAUAAUCUCAAAGAGGAGGACGGACGCUACAAAGACCCCAACAACAUCUCAGGACUGCGGGUGCCGGUCUUGAUACCCAUGGACCUCAUGGUGGAAGCCAGUCCACGGCGGGUGUUCGCCAACGCUCACACGUACCAUAUCAACUCGAUCUCGGUCAACAGCGACGAUGAGACCUACCUGUCUGCAGACGACCUGCGCAUCAACCUGUGGCACCUCGAGAUCACCGACCGCAGCUUCAACAUCGUUGACAUUAAACCGGCCAACAUGGAGGAGCUGACGGAGGUGAUCACAGCGGCGGAGUUCCAUCCCCUCCAGUGCAACACCUUUGUGUACAGCAGCAGCAAAGGAACCAUCCGUCUGUGCGACAUGAGGGCGUCGGCGCUGUGCGACAGGCACUCCAAGCUGUUCGAGGAGCCGGAAGAUCCCAGCAAUCGUUCCUUCUUCUCUGAGAUCAUAUCCUCCAUCUCGGAUGUAAAGUUCAGCCACAACGGACGCUACAUGAUGACCAGAGACUACUUGUCUGUGAAGAUUUGGGAUCUGAACAUGGAGAACAGGCCGGUGGAGACCUACCAGGUCCAUGAAUAUCUGAGGAGCAAGCUGUGCUCGCUGUACGAGAACGACUGCAUCUUUGACAAAUUUGAAUGCUGCUGGAAUGGCAAUGACAGCGUGGUGAUGACCGGCUCGUACAAUAACUUCUUCCGGAUGUUCGACCGCGGCCAGCGGCGGGACAUGACCUUAGAGGCUUCCAGAGAAAACAGCAAACCCAUGCAGGUCCUAAAACCCCGCAAAGUGUGCGCCGGCGGCAAGCGCAAGAAGGAUGAAAUCAGCGUGGACAGUUUGGACUUCAAUAAGAAGAUCCUUCACACUGCCUGGCACCCCCAGGACAACAUCAUCGCCGUGGCCACGACCAACAACCUCUACAUAUUCCAGGAUAAAGUGAACUAACCACGCGGUGAACUCAAUGUCAGAUCUGGCGCGGGUAACGUCAUCUGUACCCCCACAACAAUAGCCCCCUCCGCCCUGCAGCCUCAUCCAGGGUGACCCGCGGUAACGCCAACAACCAGCCUCCCUGUCCGCCGCUACUGGGUGACCAGACUUUGCCACUUUGUUCUAGAUGUGGACAGAGGAAGCCUCGCUUUUGCCCGUCAUCUGCCUGUUCGUAGCAGAGUAUCACCUGCCUUUUUGUUUAAGUGAUGUUGUGCCAAUUCCUCCCCUGUCCCCCUUUUUGGUAAGGCUUUUUUUUUUUUUUUUUUUUUUAGCCAGCCCACUUGCCCUUUUCUUCCUCUGGGGUAACAUGGGUCAACAGGUUUGAUUUCCUUAGAAUUCUAAAUACAGACACCUUUUAUUUUUAUAACUUUCCCCCCAUGGCCCUGUGGUAGAAAAUGAAAAACACUUAAUUAGUAAGUUGCCGUAUUGUCCUGUGCCAUUGUAAUGUUUAUUUUUCUAUGAAAAGAAAAUGCCACUUUUUUUUGUAUACACCUUUUUAUUAAUUAAUCUCUGUUGUAACUGUCAUAGUAUUCUUUGGGUCUCUUCACACGUCUCCCCUCAUUCAUUAAACCAUGCGUACCCAACAGUCACAGCAACCACUUGCUUGCCGUUUCCCUGACUCUCACAAACCUCAGCGGUUUGCCACCGGUGGUUGGAGAUGUUCAUGUCCUCACAGAUCCGACGCCCGGCCCAUAGAGCUGUUGUCCCGCCCACUGCUGCUGUGCCUCGGCCUCCGGGUUGGUCAAAAAGGUCCAGACUUCACAAUAGAUGGUUUCCUUUCUCCAAUUGGCUGUGUCUUGGCAUCUUUGCUCAUCGGUUCCUUUUCCUCCUUUUAGCGUGCAUUCGACAAUAGUCCGGUAUGAGAGAUGGCCUAUUUAAAGAUAAUUACUAUGAUUGUCAUAUUUAUAUUAAAGAAAAAAAGUUCAAAUGCCACCAGAUUUGUUGCGUCCCAUUUUGUGAAAUUAAACUGGACCUUUAACGUGUGUUGAGCGAUCUUGAGUAUUGUCUUCCCAUGGUGCGCCACCGCUCCGAAGCAGUACUUUGCAACGGCGAAAACCUUUUUUGAUUUGACACUGGACUCUUGCUGCACCAACUUAAGUAUUUGGAUUUGUUGUUUAAAAGAAAAACGUUUGAGGCACUAAAAGUGUUUGUUUAAACGACUGCAGACAUUACUGUGUGUACUGCACGAGGAUUUGCAGCAGUUGAUGUCUCCACACAAAUUUAAAAAUGUGGACAGGUCAGACUAUGUUGAUGCCUCUGGUAAUGUAUAACUACAGUUUUAAACUAUGACACUGAAGAUAAUAAAGGAACUACUUUUUGCA